CCUUACGCGAGAAAGUAUUCGCCGAUCCACGUGCUCCGACAAAAAUGCUCGUAAAUGGUUCGCUGAUGAGUGUGAACCGCCUUCCUCGUGAUAUUAGUGUAAUUUUAAUGCGUUCUGUGAUAAGAUAAAUGCAAUUCGGUGUCGAUUCGUUAUCAGGUGCUGUACGAUGUUAGCGGCAUGUUCGGUGGGGUAAAUAAAUCUUUGCGCGCGUUACACUAUCAGUGAACGUGGACCACGCGUCGUCGCUAGUACGAGUUGUGGCACUGAUUGUGAACAAAAUGUUGGAAUUCCCGCGGACCGGAACUCUUGACGGAAUUAGCAGGUCGAGAAGUGGCGUCCAGUUACGUUCGGUUGAUGCCAAGUGUUGUAUAAUAGGAUUAGCUUCAGUGCGGCGAAGAGUUCCCGGCACCCUUGUUUGAUACGGAUUCUCAAUUGGAGAGCAGCUAGGACGUGCCACCGGCAGCAGCAACAGCACAGAGGCAGCGCGCCAACUCGGGCCGUUUUAGUUUGUUCGUGACGAUCGCCCAGUCAGUCAUUACGGCGGUGACCAUUCUCCGGGACGCACGUGUGUGUCACAGGACUUCCCGGACAUUCGUUUUCCUUGGAGAGCGAGAGAGAGAGAGCAGAACAACGCCGAGCUGUGUUAGCUGUGGCCUCUGAUGAAGAUCAAAGUUAAGGACGCUCUAGAUUGCUGUAUUGUUGGGGCGUGAAUGAACGCACCGUAGACGCGACUCAAGCAGCCCUUUCUUUCGUUCGUUGCCUUGCCUAGUGAUAAGAAGUGACGAUUCUGGUUGGGGUUUGCUCUCGGCAGACUUCAGUAUCGGCUAUAGGAUUGAAUAAUAAUAUUUAUACAGCCGAUUAUCACCCUCCGGGUAUCUGUUUGAAGUGACUGACCCGCGACGACCUGGCGCAGGUUCUCCAAAGCCAAUCGGUUCGAACAAGUGUGUGCAAAUGGUGUGUGAACUGCUGGCUUCCCACAUUUAAUCGAGGAAAACGUCCAAAGUGUGAAAGUGCAAUGGAAGUCGGCCGAUAACCGGUGCAUCAAUUAUUCUUUGUGUAAUAAAAUCGAAGCAAAACAAAAACCAACUCAAUUAACCGAACUUGAAGACCUUUUCGAAGAACCAUGGCCGAGCAGGUGAAGAUGGUCAACGGGAACGGAGCUCCCGGGACGAUCGUGAAUGGAUCCGCCGUCAACGGGCACGUCCCGACGAAGGCCAAGGAACUCUCAGCUCCCAAUGGGGAAGUUUCCCACGAGCCACCGGAUGGGGGAACUCGCGCGUGGUUGGUCAUGGUGGGGGCGUUCCUCUGCAACGGAGUGCUCUUUGGCGUUAUCAACACCUACAGUGUGGUGUACCUGACUCUGCGGAAACAGCUGCAGGAUGCCGGCGACGAUGAAGCGUCCAGCAAGGCAGCUCUGGUCGGAUCGCUCACAAUCGGCACAACGUUCCUGCUGUCCCCAGUGUCGGGUAUCCUCACCGACAAGAUUGGUCUCCGGCGGACAACACUGUGCGGCGGAGUUCUCACCUGUGGUGGCAUGUUCCUGUCUUCGUUUUUCACGGACAACGUUACCGCGCUGUACUUUACCUAUGGAAUCAUGUUCGGACUGGGUGCGGCCUUGGCAUACACACCUUCGCUGGCCAUUUUGGGACACUACUUCAAGAAGUACUUGGGACUGGUCAGCGGCGUUGUGACUGCCGGGUCGAGCGUCUUUACGGCGAUCAUGCCAAUCUUGUUGGAGAAGUUGGUGGCGAAGACGGGACUGGCCACUUCGUUCCGAGUGUUAUCUGUGAUAUCGAGCUUUGUGAUAUUCUGUGCGUUGCUGUACAAGCCACUGCAGCCUCCACCACCCCCGCCGAGGGUUAAGCCCGGUCGUUCCAGGUUCAAUACGAUGAUGCGAUCGUUCAUCAACUUUGACAACUGGAAGAAGAAGAAGUACAUCAUUUGGGCACUGUCGAUCCCGAUCGCGCUGUUUGGAUACUUUGUGCCUUACGUUCACAUGGGCAAGUUCGUGGAGGAUUCGUUCCCGGGAGAGGAGAAAAAUCUGCCCGUCAUGUGUAUCGGAAUCACUUCCGGACUGGGUCGGUUGUUGUUUGGUUACAUUGCGGAUCUUCCCCGCGUGAAUCGAGUGCUGCUCCAGCAGAUGUCUUUCGUGUUGAUCGGUACGAUGACGAUGUGUCUUCCGGCGACUGGUUCUUUCCCACUUUUGCUGGCGAUCGCCCUGGCCAUGGGUCUCUUCGACGGAUGCUUCAUUUCGCUGCUGGGUCCGAUCGCUUACGACAUCUGUGGACCACGUGGUGCGACUCAAGCCAUCGGAUUCCUGCUGGGGUUGUGCUCGAUCCCGUUGACCGUUGGACCUCCGAUCGCGGGACGGUUGUACGACCACACCGGCUCGUACAUGAUACCCUUUGUCCUCGCCGGCAUUCCACCACUGUUUGGUGCCUCGACCAUGUUCCUCAUCAGAUGCGUCAAAGACGACGCUCCGGCCACUCCGGAAACAGUAUUAAAAGAUCCCACUCAUCAGCCGCUGGCGCAAACUGCAUGGGACAGUGAAAAUCCGGCGGACGCGAGGAACGGCAAGCUGAACGGACACAUACGGGAAGAACGUCGAGCCACGCUGGCCAGUUCAGAAUCACUUACUGCGGAGAACAAUUAAGACAAAAAAAGAGAAGUGUUAGUCGUACUUUAAAACAAUGGUCCAUGGAAAAUAAAUGGAGCGAUUUCAGUACCAACAAAACCAAAAUUAUCAGGUAUCGGCGUGAACGUAGAGCUUUGUAGAACCUUGGUAACGAUGCAGCGUUACGCGAGGAGUGAUUUUAAAAUGUAGUUUUAGAGCAAACUCAACAACAUGCAACACGCAAGUGUGUGUGUUACGCAGAAUAUACGAUAAGCAUAAUCAAGACUACUUUCUAAGGAAUUAGAAACUCACUCAAUUGUGCAUUUCAUGUAAAAUCUGUCGCUAGGAGCAAGUUCAAGCAGGAUGUUAUUAUUUUAGAAGGUUGUAUAAUAUUUAUGUUUUAGUAAAUAGGUAGUCACUGAAUGGAUCUUUGAAGUAGAUUUCAAUUUAGGUAAACAAAUAUGAUACAAUUAUACAUGUACUAAAAUAAAAAAAUAUAUAAAUCUGAA